AUGGCGACUCGCGCUGUCGUCUCAAGAAUUACGCCCACAAGACCUGCCCUAUAUUCGAGAUGUCUUAACGGGCAACGAUCCAUUCAAAUUCGAUACAUUGCGACAACAUACCUUAAAAAAGUUGCGGAGGGCGAAGAGCGAUGGAAGCAAAGGGCCCAAAAGAUUGAGAGUGGCGAGAUUCCCCAUACGUGGGACGUUCUUCAAGAGCGAGGAUAUAUCAAGGAUGUAGCAGGGUCCCCAGAAAAGAUCAAGGAGAUUAUGCGAGUCAAACGAAUAGGUUCUUACGUCGGUAUCGACCCCACCGCCGAUUCGAUGCAUGUUGGUCACUUGCUACCUCUCAUGCCUAUGUUCUGGAUGUGGUUCCAUGGUUAUCCUGCUGUCACAUUGAUCGGUGGCUCAACUGCGCGUAUUGGUGACCCUACCGACCGUCUCGAGAGCCGACAGAUUCUUUCCAAUGCCGAUAUUUCCAAGAACAUCACCAAGAUACAUGUGCAACUGACAAGAUUAUGGCAAAAUGUUCACAUCUUAAAGCAAAAGUACGGCUACGCGGAAGACUGGGCUGCCACGCAUCGGUUGUUGAAUAACAACAUGUGGUUAGGAAACCUCACACUAUACGAUUUCGCCAAGAGGAUAGCCAGACAUACUAGAAUUGGGCCUAUGCUGGCUAAGGAUACUGUAAAGCGCAAGAUGACCGAAGGUGACGGCAUGUCAUUGGGCGAAUUCAUGUACCCUCUCCUCCAAGGUUGGGAUUUCUGGCACAUGUACAACAAACUCGGCAUCCAGAUGCAGAUUGGAGGUUCUGACCAGUACGGCAAUAUCACCGCCGGAAUCGAUGCCCUCAAGACCAUUCGCGAAACUGAGGAAGCUCCUCACCUGAAGAUGCCAACAACUUGGGAGCACGAGCCAGUCGGGUUUACCGUCCCUCUAUUGACUGACUCGUCCGGCGCCAAGUUUGGCAAGAGCGCUGGCAACGCUGUGUGGUUGGAUGAGUUCAAGACGACAGCAUUUGACUUGUACGGAUACUUUGUUCGGCGCUCCGACGAGGAGGUGGAGAAGCUGCUCAAGAUGUUCACAUUCAUGCCUCUGGAGAAAAUCGCCAAGACAAUGGAGGAGCACAGAGCGAACCCCCAGGAACGUAAAGCGCAGCACGCACUGGCCUUUGACGUUGUUUCUCUCAUUCACGGUUCGCAAAAGGCUCUCCAGGAGGCGAAGCAGCACGAAUUCCGUUUCGGCACUAAGCUCCCCGGUGGGAUUGUCAGCGAGCCAACAGCUGAAACUGGCAUUGUCACGCCCAACAAUGCCCCAAGAAGCGAUAUCCAACUUCCUCGCUCUAUCAUGGAGCUGUCACCGGCCAAGAUCCUCCACGCUUGCGGCCUCGCCUCCAGCAGCAGUGAAGGCCAGCGUCUGCUCAGUCAACAGGGUGCCUAUAUCGCCGCCCAGCCCGGUCAGAAGCGAGGUCUUGUCCCUGGAAACCUGUCCUGGACGCCCAUGAAGGCGUGGUUUCCCGAAGAGACCUCCAAGUUCCUCAUUGACAACCGCAUGCUCAUCAUGCGCAAGGGCAAGCACAACGUGCGUAUUGUCGAGCUCAUCGACGAAGAGAAAUGGAAGAAGAGUGGCCAGAUCUACCCAGGCCAGGCCGGCACUGGUCUUCUCCGCAGGAUGAAGGAGGAGCUGAAGAAGGAAAUGGAAGCGGACGGCAAAAAGGUAACGGACGAGCAACUUGCCAGGAUUGCGCAACGGAAGAAGGACCAGCUCAAGGUCGCCAACAACCCCAAUAUUGAACUGCCCGACAAGUACGAGAUACGUGAUCGCUACAGAUCGGGAGGUUCCGAAAAAUAA